AUGAUUUCGGGUGAAGAAAUAAAAGAAAAUCAUCUCAUGCGUCAGGGCGAUGAAAUAAUAUGUAUCAAAAAGGUGUGCUUGAGUGACAAGAAUAAAAGAGAGUUGGAGGAUUACAACGGGCCUCUGUCGCCGCUACUGUCGACCAAAACGCAUGAAACACCAGUCUUCCGCGAUGGCUACCCCACCCUGGAUGAGGCCAGGUUCUCGUGGUCUGAAGAAGACUUGUUGAUGGUCUCCCAAUCUUUCGAAUCUACUCAGCUCUCGUUUGGCAAGGAUUCUGAUGCUGCAUGGAAAACAGAGGUCAAAGAUGAGUACAAUACGUCGACGGGGCACGGAACAUUGGCUGAGACAUCACAAAACUCUACCAAAGAUUGCACGACGUCUACAAAUAAAGACCCGUCAACACCCAAGUCUAAGCUGAAAGUGGACAAGAGUGAUCCGCGUUCGCGACUGCAUUACGUCAAGCUCGUCAAAAGAAACGGCAGAACCAUCAAGUUUUGGGAGUGUGGAAUAUGCGGUCGCGACUUCCUCCACCAGUACACGCUGAUGCGCCACCUGCCGACGCACACGGACGAGCGAAAUUUCCGCUGCGGGGAGUGCGCCAAGUCCUUCCGCCAGCAGUCCACGCUCACCCAGCACCGCGCCAUACACUCCGCUGACAGACCUUAUGGCUGCGAGAUUUGUUCGAAGACGUUCAACCGACUAUCCACUCUGAUCUCUCACCGUAAGACCCACACCGGAGAGAAGCCUUACAAGUGUAACAUCUGCGCGAAGGGGUUCCAUCAAAAAGGAAACCUAAGAAAUCACAUGUUCACCCAUACCAACGAGCGUCCUUACCGUUGUAACAUCUGCAUGAAGGGAUUCAACCAACAGUCAAACCUCGUGUGCCACAAAAUUAAGGCGCACCCUGAAUCAAGUGACUCAAACGUUAAAAGUGAUUUCACUCCCGUUGUGAAAGUUCGCUCUAGCUCCCAGCUAUUGGAAAAGUCUGAGACAGUCAACCCACCUACAAAUUCCGAAGUAUCGUCCUCAACUUUCGGCUUUUCCUCAUUAGACCUGUCUAGUUCCAUAGACAUCAAGUCCGAGGAGUCUCAAGAUACUAAUGGGGUGAUUGUGGACCCCAUCAACACGUACCAUAUGGGGGUGGCUCUAGCGGCGAAACAGACCCCAUUCGCUUUGAUCAAGUCUGAGAAUACCCCACCGGUUUUGGUGAAGGUCUUGGAUGUGAAGUUUCCAAAAGGAAAACAGAUGCUAGUUCCGGCUACCGCAGAGGAUUUAAUGUAUGGAGGAAGAAUUGUUUACAUUGAACACAAUAAAAACAAUAUCGAGUCCCUUGAUUCUAAGCAACAGAUGAGUGGCAUUCAAAUGCGAGUGCCGGUGGUGGCUGUGGUGGUGCCCAAACUGAGCGAGGGUCGCCUGCAGCUGUGUGUGGAGGAGCCGCAUCACAUUUACGAUACUGAUGAUGCGUGCGGUCUCCCCCAGCCGUGUGCGGACAAGACAGGCUGCUCGCUGCUGCCGACAGCGCCGUCGCCGCCGCUAGACAUCUCGCUAGAACUCGACGGGUGC